UUUUUUUUUUUUUCUCUCUUAAUUUUGAAUUCUGGGAAAAGGGGAAAAAAAAGCAAAUGGAUGAAAGUGGUGGUUCAAUUUACACAUUGGCAAACAUGACCUGUCAUAUUUUACCCGGUGUACAAGCACGAGAGUACGUGGUGAAACCUGUUUCGAGACUUUUCGGAUGGUUGGAUCUACUGCUAUGGAUGACCAUGUUGCAUUUUAUGCGGAUACACUAUUUCAAAUAUGCAGGCUCACUUGCCCUUGUCUGGCUACUAAUGAAAAGAAAGACGGUGCGUCAAGAAAGUAUAUUAGCGAUCCGGGACGUCGGAAUUCAAGUGAAAACAGUCUAUUGGGGAGGAUCCUCCGUAUCCAGAUUCAUCAAUCGAUCCACCAUUGAAGGUGUCAUUAUCAAUGAAGCCAUCAGUUUUUGGCAGAUCAAAUCCUAUAUGGCCAUUCUAGUCAAGGACGAAGAAAAGAUGGUGGUUGUAUUUGAGCAUUUACUGCCUAAAAUAGACCCCGUUUUGCUUCGUGUUUAUCAUGGCAUCAAUACAAUCUUGUACACUCAACGAAAUAACGAAGAUAAAAAUAAUUUUUACACAUACUAAUACCCCCCCCCCUCUACCCUCAGCUAAUUUACACGUAAUAAUAAUAAAAAAAAAGAU